AUGAGUAGUAGCGUUGUAGUAUCCUGGUCUCCACCUGAGGAUUCUUUAACAGCAAUAACGCAGUAUCAUGUGUGUGUUGAUAGCGUUGUAAGAGCUGUCGUGCCUGGCACCUACAAGACCAAAGCCCUAAUUGAAGAUAUCAAUCUGACAAAGGUUGUGCAAAUUUCUGUUCGUUCGGUUACAGAGAAUGGUCACAGUUCUGAUGCGGCAUGUACAAUAUCAAUUGGUGCAGGUACUGACCUCGGAGGUUAUGAGAAAUUUAUUGCAACUUUAUCAGGAUUUGAAUCAGUAUGGUCCCAGUAUUACAGAAUCACCGAUGAGUGUCGUAAUACUUUUUUACAGUAUACUGUUUUACAGUACAUCAGCUUUAUUCAGUUGAGAGUUUGA